AUGGCCUUUCAACUUCCGAUCCCCAAGCCCAAUAUGGCGGCGGUGACCUCCGAUAUCUGGCCUUCCAUGUCGAAACUUCUGAAUGCGCCGUGGAAGAAUGUCGAGCGCGGCCCUUCCUCCGGAUCUAUGACUUCCCAGCGCACGGCCGGGGAAGCGAGUUCAGCGAACACCGGAUCUGUUGCACUGCCCGAGUUCCUGCACACGGUGCCCUCGGCAGCUUUGAGAGCGGACGUCACUCACCAAUCGGGAUGGUCACGUUCCUUGUUCAAUGAACGCUCUCUCUGGACCUCGCCCUCCCUAGCCUCCCGGGCCUUCUCUCCGUCGUCUUCUCGUUCCUAUUCUACGUCUUUGAACCGACUUCGCCACGUUCCCCAUCCCCUCGGUCUUUCCAAAUUGCAGCAACAACGGUUUCUCUUCGGUGGUCCCUCUCGCAACGUCUUGGCACAGAAGGAGAAAACUGCGAACAACAAUCCACACAACGUCAAUGCUCAGAACUCCUUCUACCAGGACCUCCUUCGUGCUAACAUGCCGGCGAUCGUGGUCGAGCGGUAUAGGAGUGGACAUUUCGCCGGUAACGAACUCUCGGAAGCAAUCUAUUUCAAGGCCUUGAAUGUGGUCGGAAACACUGGCCCCUCACCAAUUGAUCCCAACGCAAAUCAGAACGUGAACAUUGAACAGCUCCAAGCCAUUGGCCAGGCCGUUGCGGCCCAGAAGCAUGGUGGUCAAAUGGGAUUGGCGACGAAGCAGAACGGCACUGGCGCGAAAGAAGCUCCACUGUAUGUUGUUGUGGAAGAGUCACUUGGAAGCACCAUUUUCCGAUGGGCUAAAUUCUUUGUGUCCUUCGCCUUUUUCGUUUACAUGUCUCUUGUCCUGGUAACUGUUUUGGUUGAAACGACGGGCGUUUUGAAGAACAUCCGAGGCCCUCAGAGCAACGAAGCCCAGCCGCAGCAUCAGACUGUUCGCUUUAGUGAUGUGCACGGCUGUGAUGAAGCUAAGGAUGAGCUUCAGGAGCUCGUUGAGUUCUUGCUGAACCCGGAUCGAUUUUCUUCGCUCGGUGGCAAGCUGCCUAAGGGUGUUUUGCUUGUAGGACCUCCCGGCACUGGUAAGACUCUUCUUGCCCGUGCCGUUGCGGGCGAAGCCGGCGUCCCCUUCUUCUACAUGUCUGGAUCUGAAUUCGAUGAGGUGUACGUGGGUGUUGGUGCUAAGCGGGUCCGUGAGCUGUUCGCUCAGGCCCGCGGCAAGUCACCCGCGAUCAUCUUUAUCGAUGAGCUGGAUGCGAUAGGCGCCAAGAGAAAUGAGAGGGAUGCUUCGUACGUGAAGCAGACGUUGAACCAGCUACUCACCGAACUCGAUGGCUUCUCGCAAUCUAGCGGAGUGAUCAUUCUUGCUGCGACCAAUUACCCGCAACUACUGGACAAGGCCCUGACCCGACCUGGUCGGUUCGACCGCAAGGUGAACGUCAGCCUCCCUGAUGUCCGGGGUCGGAUGGAUAUUCUCAGACACCACAUGAAGGACGUGCAGAUCAGUACCGAUGUGGAUGUUGCAGUGAUUGCGCGUGGCACACCUGGCUUCUCCGGUGCUGACUUGGAAAACCUGGUCAACCAGGCCGCCAUUUAUGCCAGCAGGAACAAGCAGAACAAGGUCAUCGCCAAGGAUUUCGACUGGGCCAAAGACAAGAUCAUGAUGGGAGCGGAGGCUCGCAGCCGGAUCAUCCAGGACAAGGACAAACUAUUGACCGCCUACCACGAAGCUGGCCACGCCCUCGUUGCUUACUUCUCUCCGUCCUCUACGCCACUGUACAAGAUCACCAUCGUUCCUCGCGGAAUGGCGCUGGGUGUGACUCACUUCCUGCCCGAGAUGGACAUGGUCUCUCGCAACUACACCGAAUACCUGUCCGAUAUCGACGUUUCCAUGGGUGGCAAGGCCGCGGAAGAGCUCAUCUUUGGGCCCGACAAGGUUACGAGCGGCAUCUCAGCUGAUAUCCAACAAGCCACCGAAACGGCCUUUACUUUGGUCACUCGGUUCGGAUACUCCAAGAAGCUCGGAAAUGUCGACCUUUCCACCAAUUACAACAGCCUGUCGUCCGAGACCAAACAGGAGAUUGAAGGCGAGGUCCGGCGUUUAGUUGAGGAGGCCCGCGUGCGCGCCGCGAACAUCCUCAACGAAAAGCGAAACGAAUUGGAGCUCUUGACCCAGGCUUUAAUCGAAUACGAAACUCUCACCAAGGAAGAGAUGGAGAAAAUAUUGAAGGGAGAGAAACUCAAGAAGCUGGAACCCCCGCCGCCACCGCCUCUCAAGUUGCCCGAUGCUCUGCAGACGACACGGUUAAACCAGUCCAAUGCUGAUCAAGAACCCCCGACAUCCAACGAAUGA